AUGUUCCCUUUGACCAAGAAAACAUGAAAAAAAUUAUGUAUAUGCCCCAUGACCUCAAUUAUGUACUUAAUAGUUUGAGUUAUUUACACUUAAAAUCUUAAGUCUAUGGAUUUUUAAGAAAAAUAAGUUCAAGGAACAUAGAUAUUUGAGUUAUGAACCCAACACUUGACAUUUAGACAACUUGAUUUUUCCAGUAAUGACACCAUUAGGGUUUUACGAUGCAGGGAAUGUUGUACUGCGACAUCGCGAUUUAACACCACACAUAUCAUUACAUUACACUUCCUUAAAAUAGCACUCCAUUAAUACAAAAUAGCACGUUUGGUGCCUCUUAAUUUUGAACCCUGUUAAUACUACUUAAUGAAUCUAUUUAGUCUCUUAUAAAUAUUACACUUAAACCUCACACAAAGUGUUGUCUCAAACCCAUGACAUGACAGUUGUGACAGUGAAAGUUUAAAUACCCAGUGACACACUGAACUUGAAAUUUCAACAUCACUGUUGGCAAAGUGUCUCAGGCGCUCAUCAGAUUCCAAGCGCACCUGUUCACACGACUCUGUGGACCGUAAUCUGCGACACGGAUUUGUUUCAUUCCCGUUUUUCCUCUCCAAACCUUAAGUCUAUUUCUCCAAGACACUGGAAAUGUUCUUUAGCAGGACCCUACGUCUGUCUAAUGUUGGACUUGUCGAAUUACUCACAAAAGACUUCGUAAAGAGUAGCGCAGUUUAUCCGAAAGACAGAGUCUCGAGGACGUCGUUCAGUGUAUCAUCACGGAUUCACGUUGCGAGUUGCGAGUUUAUCGCACCUACAGCCACAGAUCCCAGAAAUAUGAAAAACAGAGAUCUGUUCUCUGGACUGGAGGACAUGCUUUUCUACACAAUAACUGAAGGAGCAGAGAAAGUUCCUGUAUCUCAUUUCAUUUCUGCUUUGAGAAGCACUGGGCUUCUGACCUCUGACCCUAGACUGCACGACUGCAUGGAGAAGAUUCGUCAAGCCCUCCGGGAAUCGGCCGGUGAAGUCAUGAUGGAUCGCGAGCUGUUCCAAAAGUGUGUGGGUGGCAACAUUGUUCUACUAAGUCUCGCUUUCAGGAGGAAGUUUAUCAUUCCUGAAUUUGAAGCAUUUGUGAGAAUCAUCGACCAAAUUUACCUAAGAUCAAAGCAGCAAAACAACGGGCAGGUUGCAAAAUACAUUCCCCAUCUUACCAAGUUUAGUCCUGAUCUUUGGGCCGUCUCUCUCUGCACAGUGGAUGGUCAAAGGCACUCAGUUGGAGACACAAAGGUGCCGUUUUGCUUGCAGUCGUGUGUGAAGCCGCUGGAAUAUGCCAUCGCUGUGCACGAACACGGUACGGAACAGGUGCACCGUUAUGUGGGAAAGGAGCCGAGCGGAUUCACAUUCAACAAACUUUCUCUGGGCGAGGACGAUAAACCUCACAACCCCAUGGUCAACGCUGGAGCGAUUGUCAUCAGUUCACUUAUUAAGCCUGGUGCCAAAAAGGCAGAGAAGUUUGACUAUGUGAUGGAAUUUGUGAAGAAAAUGACAGGCAGCGAGUAUGUGGGUUUCAGUAACGCAACGUUCCAGUCGGAGAAGGAAACAGGAGACAGAAACUUUGCCAUAGGAUACUACCUAAAAGAAAAAAAGUGUUUUCCUGCUGGAGCUGAAAUGAUAGAUGCACUGGACUUUUACUUCCAGCUGUGCUCCAUAGAAGUCACCUGCGAGUCUGGCAGUGUGAUGGCCGCUACACUGGCUAACGGAGGCAUCUGUCCAAUCACAGGAAUGACGGUUUUGAGCGCAGAGGCCGUACGGAACACGCUCAGUAUGAUGCACUCCUGCGGGAUGUAUGACUACUCGGGACAGUUUGCUUUCCAUGUGGGGUUACCUGCUAAGUCAGGUGUGUCCGGUGCCGUGCUGCUGGUGGUGCCAAAUGUGAUGGGUGUCAUGUGUUGGUCGCCCCCUCUGGACAAAGUCGGAAACAGCGUCCGCGGAAUCAGCUUUUGCCAGGAACUGGUUUCUUUGUUCAACUUCCACAAUUAUGACAAUCUACGGCACUUUGUAAAGAAGCAGGACCCUCGUAGACAGUCUGGGGAUGACAGGAACAAGUCUGUGGUGAAUCUGAUGUUUGCAGCCCACAGUGGUGAUGUCUCUGCCCUGAGGAGGUUUGCUCUCUCAUCCAUGAAUAUGGAGCUGAAGGACUACGACUCUCGUACACCUCUCCAUGUAGCUGCUGCAGAGGGUCACAUGGAUGUUGUGGUAUUUCUGACACGGGUCUGCAGUGUCAACCCUUUUGUAAAAGACCGGUGGGGAAACAUACCUCGGGAUGACGCCAUGCAGUUCGGACACACAGAAGUGGUGAAAAUCUUGCAGGAAUAUGAACAGAACUGCUGUCAAAUAACCUCUAAGACUGAUGCAGACAACCUCAACUGCCAAUCCAAAUUAUCUUCUCUGGAGGGAAGAGUUUAAUCUGCUAUACGUUUCACAGAUUUACAUUUUUAAGAUUCCUUAGGACUGAAGAUCAAGCCAUGAGAUAUGUAUUAAGAAUAAGGGCACUUAUAUGGAAUGGAGAGAAAAGUGGUCACUGUGUUUUUUAUUUCGAUGUAAAUAUGAAAUGUUUGUAAACAAUUUGUAUUAUAUAGGUGUUUCAGCUUGACAGCAUUACCCUUAUUGAAAAUCUGGAUGACUUGGUUAUAUAGUAUAAAAAGAAUGUACAGUAUUUUGUGAUUAAUAAAGUCUAUUCUAAGACCUU